ACCCGGGAAAGGAAAACAGCCGGGACCGCACCGACUAGAGGAAGGGGCCGCAAAGGAGGAGGGAGAGGAAGAACAUGGGAGGAGCCGGAGGCGACGUCGUUGCGGGCGGGCGGUCCCUCUUAAGGAGCGGCUUCCGUUCGGCGGCCUGGUGACGAUGGCGGGCCUGGACCUCGGGUUGGCCGUGCCCGUGUGGCUGGCCGAGGACGACCUGGGCUGCAUCAUCUGCCACGGCCUGCUGGCCUGGCCCGUUACGCUGCCCUGCGGCCACAGCUUCUGCCGAGACUGUUUGAAGGGCCUGUGGGGCACCGGGUCCCAGUGGUCCUGCCCCACUUGCCGCGAGGGCGCCGCGCAGCGGCUGCAGCUGCGGAAGAACACGCUGCUGCAGGACCUGGCGGACAAGUACAGCCGGGCGGUGGGCGAGCUGGAGGGCGGCCCCGGCCCCGCCCCCACCCGGAGCCCCGGCCCCUCCCCGCGACCGCCGCGCCGCACCGAGGAGCAGAGGGCGGCGGUACAGAAGAGCACCCCAGAAGUUGGUCAUGAGCUGGGAGAACUGGUGGAACAGCUUGUAGACAUUGUCAGGAGCCUUCAGAAUCAGAGACAUCUACCAGAAUCUGGACCAGACAAUAAACUGAACAUCCUGGGCAUGGCUUUUUCUGGUGGGAUGGAUCUUUCAUUGGCUUCUCCACAGCUAGGGACUUCCAACACAAUUGAGGGAAAAAUGAAAGACAUUCUGCAUGACCUAGAAGACAUCCAGAAAAAAUUACAAGGAUACUUUACAGGCAAAGAGCCCUUGGAAGAACAAAGGCAGGUUAAACUCCUGGAAGCUUCAUCUUCCUCCUCAUGCCCAGUACCUGACCAGAGCCACCCUGCACCCAAGAGGGCCUCUCAAUGGGCCACCAGUCUAACCUUUGACCUGAGGAGCCUCUCCUGUAGCCUGGAGGUGUCUGAGAAUUGCCGGAAGGUGACUGUAUCUCACUUUUCACAGCCCUAUCCCUGGAGUCCCGAGAGGUUUACAACCUGCCAGGUCUUAUGUUCCCAGGCUUUCUCUUCUGGGAAGAACUACUGGGAAGUGGACACACAGCAUUGCAGUGACUGGGCAGUUGGCGUGGCUUCCUGGCGGAUGAGCCGUGACCAGAUCCUGGGAAGGACCAGGGACUCCUGGUGUGUAGAGUGGAAGGGGACUAGCCAGCUCUCCGCGUGGCACAUGGUCAAGGAAACUGUCCUUGGCUCAGACAGACCUAAGGUGGUGGGCAUCUGGCUGGACCUUGAGCAGGGGAAGCUUGCCUUCUACUCAGUGGCUAAUCAGGAGAAGCUUCUGUAUGAGUGCCCAGUCUCUGCCCCUUUUCCCCUGCAUCCUGCCUUCUGGCUUUAUGGCUUACAUCCGGGAAACUCUCUGACUAUAGGGCCAAUAAAGGUGUAAAGGUUCCCCAGGUGUUGAAACAGGGUGGUUUCCUGACCUAUCUCUCUGCCUUCAAGCAGGGUGGCAACGUGACAAGAAUCUCACUCCCGAAGUUAAGGGGUAUGCAGUAAAAGGGUUAAACUCUGCAGACUUGGGAUGUGCAAACUGUACAUUCCAAACAAAGGAAGGGGCCCUUGACUGGUUUCUGGGAGAUAAUCUCUUAUCCCUGGAAUAUUCUGCCUGAAGAGAAUGUCUUUGUUUACCUGGGGACCUUGGGCCAGGAGGUAUCAGCUUGACCUCUGGAGGGGCUGGAAACUAAGGUCAGCCACAUUGGCGGUGAGGUCUGCCUAUGUGACUGACCCCUAAUAAAAGCCCUAGGCACCAAGGCUUGGGUGAGUUUCCCUGGCUGACAAUGCUCCUUCUACGUUGUCACACGCUGUUGCUGGGAGGAUUAAGCAUUGUCCAUAAGGAUUCCCUGGGAGAGGAUAAUUGGUGUCUCCUGGCGCCUGUCCUGUGUGCCUUUUUCUACUGCUGAUUAUAAUCUAUAUCUUUUCACUGUAACCAACGAUAACCAAGAAUAUAACAGCUUUGCUGAGUUCUGUGAGUCCUAGUGCCUCCCUGAACCUGAGAGUGGUUUUAGGGAACUCCAAACAAAGGGCAUGUUAUCAUGUAAUAAUAUUACCACAAACUUAGUGGUUUUAAACAACUCACAUUUAUUAUCUCGGUUUCUGGGAGUCAGGAGUCAGGGCACCACUUAGCUGAGGACUCUGCUUGAGUCUCACAAGCUGCAGCCAGGGGGGUGAGCUGCGACCAUGGUGUCAUUUAAAGCUUGACUGUGGAAGGACCUGCUUCCAAACUCACACGGUUGUUGGCAGUUUCUUGUGGGUUGUCCAAUUACGGGCCUCAGUUUUUUUGUGUGUGUAUUGGUUUGAUAUGAUUUCAAAUCCACUUGUUUAUAAAUGAAGUGAAGUUCUGUUAAUUCUGUUUGUGGCGAAGACAAAAAAUGUUUUAGAAGUAAAGUUGUUUUGCUAUAAGAAUGAAGUAAGUUAUGUCAGGAUGUCAUUAUCUCAUCGGUUUUUUGUGUUUUUUUUUAGAUUUUUUUUUAUUGGGGAGUUGGGGAAGGGGAACAGCCAAGCUGUUAUCAUUCAA